AGGAACUGAAGCCCUGCGUGCUUGACUCUGGCAUUGUAAGUUGAGCUGCCCCAGUAUGUCCUGGACAUGGGCCCUGUCCUUAAGGGUUACACUGAGACACACACUCUGAAGAUCAGCAACCCUGGGCAGAUCCAUGCGUCCUUCCAGGUCGAUGUAUCUGUCCUGCAGGACACAGGUUUCAGCGUGGACCUGGACCAGAUGAAUGGCCUGCCCCCCAACCACACCCUGGAGUUUGACGUGCGCUUUGAAAGUGCCCACAAGCCACAGGGUGAUGUGGAAGUGGUGCUGCCCAUAGAGGUGACAGAAGGCCCUGUGUACAACGUCCGCCUCCAUGCCACUGUUUUGGAACUGUCGCUCGACCUCUCCAAGAACAGACUGCAGUUCUCUGACAUCCUCGUUGGGCACUGCCAGGUUGAGACCAUCCGACUCCACAACCGGUUCCGAGUACCCUGCCGAUGGUUCAUUACUGCCAGCAAGCCUGUUGUGAAGAAAGAUCACCUGAAAUAUGUGACACCAGCUGUACGUCAGAAGAUGCAGGCACCAGAGGAUGAGCCCUGUCCCUUUGAAGUGACGCCCUCCAAAGGAACCCUUGGACCAGGAAAGUGGCAGAACUUGCAAAUCCAGUUUACACCCAAGGAGGAGGUGAGAUUGGCAGGUGUCAGCCCAGGAGGCCUGUCAGGGCUAUCUGGAAACGAGGGCCUGGUGCAGAGAGUGUGCAGUCCCUGGGCUCUGGCCUGCCUGCACAUUGCCGUGCAGCUGGGGAUUCAACUUAAAGGACGGAGCAUUCCCAAAAGUAGUUUGCCUGUGGCCGCUGGGUCUCGGAAACUGGUAGCGUGUCUCAGUUUGCAGAGCUCUAUGGACACUGUCCAGGCAGCCCGCAUUGGCACAGCUGUCAGCUUGUCCCUUGGCGGCAUCUUGAAUAUUGCGGAAAUCAAGCAGGCAGCCGGAUCCUGCCAGCCAAAGGGCCACCCAGAUGUCUCUUUCCAGCUAAUAAAGCAGGACUUUAGAACCACGUGGAGAAAGAGCGCUUCUCGUCCUUUGCUUCGUCCAUGUAGUAUCCAUGCUGGCCUAAAUCCAAACUAG